CAGUGGUUGAAUGAUAGCGGCGAGGCAAAGGUAACCAAGCAAUGUAAAGUGUCAUUUUCUAUUGGCAAAUAUGUAGAUGAGGUUAAUUGUGAUAUUGUACCCAUGCAGGCUGGACACAUUUUGUUAGGUAGACCAUGGCAAUUUGAUAGGCGUGUCAUUCAUGAUGGGUAUAGUAAUAGGUUUUCUUUUACGUUCCUCGGUGUAAAACAUAUACUUGUACUAUUAUCUCCUAAAGAUAUAUAUGCAGAUCAAGUGAAAUUACAACAAUCUGCUAAAUUGGGUAAGGGAGGUGAGACAAGUAAAAAGAAUGAGGGAAAAGGGGCCAUGAGAAAGAGUGAAGAAUUCAGCAAGUCUUCCUUUUAUUGUAAAGAGAGAGAGCUGAAGAAAGCAUACUUAGGGAAGAGAGCUUUAAUUAUAUUGCGUUUUAGUUCCAAUUUUAUGAUUGAGACUAACCCUACUGUUGAAUUGCCUAGUUCUUUUUCUAAGUUAUUGCAGGAGUUUGCGGAUGUAUUUCCUGAGGAGGUGCCAUCUGGGUUGCCACCCAUUAGGGGAAUAGAACAUCAAAUCGAUUUUGUUCCUGGAGCUCAGAUUCCAAACCGUCCAGCUUACCGUAGCAAUCCUGAGGAGACGAAGGAAUUGCAAAAGCAAGUUGAUGAGUUGCUAGCUAAGGGACAUAUCAGGGAGAGCCUUAGUCAAUGCGCAGUACCUGUUUUGUUGGUUCCAAAGAAAGAUGGAACAAUGCGCAUGUGUGUUGAUUGUCGUGCGAUCAAUAAAAUCACUGUAAAGUAUCGCCAUCCUAUUCCUAGAUUAGAUGAUAUGCUUGAAGAAUUAUGUGGUGCUGUUUUCUUUACAAAAAUUGAUUUGAAAAGCGGUUAUCAUCAAAUUAGGAUGAAGUUAGGUGAUGAGUGGAAAACUGCCUUUAAGACAAAAUAUGGUUUAUAUGAAUGGUUAGUCAUGCCUUUUGGCUUAACUAAUGCACCUAGCACAUUUAUGAGAUUGAUGAACCAUGUUUUGCGUGAUUACCUAGGUAAGUUUGUGGUUGUGUAUUUUGAUGAUAUAUUGAUUUAUAGCCGAAACAUGGAUGACCUUCCAGAUUCCCCAUGGAAGGAUAAGGUCAAGCCUCCCAAGAACUUCGUCCUGUCUCGGGAGAGCAUGAGAGCUGCUUUGGACACCUUCCGAGCUGGGCGAUCGAUGGCUGACACGACUCGGGAAGUUGCUGAGCUCAUCUCCCCCAUGUCGGUGGGCCGAUCCAUGCAUCCUGUCCCGGCUUCUUCCCGUGCCCCUAGGUCGAGCUCCAAGGGUUCCCGCUCUGGGGUUUCCAAGUCUUCUAGUCGUGGUCGGUCUAGCUCUUCUCCCCGACCUCCUGUGGUCUCUAAGUCCAGGCUGGACUCAGCUCCAGCUUCCAAGGAGCCCAUAAUUAAGGAGUUGGCCAAGGAUGUGCAGCCUCUGUGGAUCGAGGUCGUCUCCACUUCUGAGGGUGCUGCUAGUGAGACCUUCGAGGACGUCCCUGCUACUGGUGUUGUCCCUCAGAGCAGUACCGAGGUUAUUUCCGCCGAGGGAGGGGCUUCUGAGGGCGCAGGUGAAUUUGUCUUGGCAGGUGAAGGCGUCCUGGAGGCUGGGGUUGAAGUCGUCUCUGUGGGCAGGGGUGCCUCUAAGGAUGGAGCCAAGCCCAAGUCUAUUCUUGCUGCUGCUCACGCUAAGACCGCUGGUGACGGCGUGCUGAAUGCGGACGAGAUUACUCCCCAGUCUCCGGCGAGCAUUGUUGUUGAUUUGCUGCAGGAGAGGAUGUUUGGAAGUCAAUGCAUAACGUCUAGAUAA